GUGUGUGUGAGAGAGAGAGAGAUGGUAGGAAAAGGACAGAGGAGAAGAGAGAAGAACUACAGAGCAGCACAUGGAGCGAACAGUCGUCUGCCACCUCCACCUGAUCGCUCCUCCCUCGACGCUGUCCCCUCCAAGCUUCGCCAAAUCAUGGCUUUCACAGGAUCUUCAAAGGGAUCAGUGGAUGUUAAAAGGAAUAAAAGAGGUGAUGGUGGUGUCAAUGGUAAUGGUGACAAGAAACUUCGAUCAGAGGAUGAAUAUGUCUCGAAAAGCAAUGGGAUCAAAAGGGAAGUCACUGGUGGAAAUUUGAUGCCACAACACAUGGAUCAUGGUGAUAAAAUUGUGGGAAAUAAUAUGCUUGAAAAGAAAAAGAAAAAGAGAAAAAGGAAGCAAGCUGAAGACCUUCGGUUUGAAACGGUGGAGGGAUUCCGUGGUUCAAAAAGAAGGGAGCAUAAGAAACAGCGUUUGGAAGCAAUGAAAAAGAAACACAAAAAGGUCAAGGCAGGAGAGGAUUUGGACUUUCCUGGACGUGAUCUGAUCAAAUUUGGAGAGGUAGUUGAAGCUCCACCCAAGUUGCUCUCAUUUCCAAAGGCAUCCAAAGCUACCCAUGAUGCGUCACAAGAGAGGCUCCGCUUACAGGCAGUCGAGAACUACAGGAAGCGGAAAGGAUGGACAUCAAGGCCGGGGAUCCACCUUCCUCCACCUAUGAUUACAUCACCUUCACUAUAGUUCCCGUCAUUGUAAUAAUGCAAGGAUGUUAGACAGACAGGGAAUAGUGUACCACAUGAAUUUGCGCAAAAUGCUAAAUUUGUUGAUCAUCUAGAUGUUUGGCUAUGGGAUGCACCAGACUUUAUGGUGCCUUACCUCUUAUACCAUUUCAAAUUAAUACAACUGCUUACGAUUUUUGAUUAAAAAAAAAGGAGAGAUCACUUUAUAAAGAGUUAUAUUAUUGUUGUAGUCAAGGCUAUAUCUCAUCUCUGCGUCUGUAACCUGACGUACGUAUGCAA